UUCUAAUAUUAUUGGGAAAGAAAUUUUUCCUUUUUCCUAUACCUAUUAUGCCAAUAAGGUUUUGGCUUGAUUUUGUGAUAGCAGAUUGGAUUUUCUUUUUGUGUUUGGAUCCGUUGAAGCGAUUGAUGAUUACUUCUGUACUUGCUUCCAGAGAUUCAGUUCUCAGCGAUGGAGUUGGAAUCGCCGGGAAUGUGUUCGCAUUUGUGCUGUUUCUAUCACCUAUACCCACAUUUAGAAGAAUUUUGAGAAACCAGUCAACAGAAGAGUUCUCCGGUUUGCCAUAUAUUUAUGCUCUAUUGAGUUGCUUGAUCUGCUUCUGGUAUGGCUUUCCCAUUGUAUCACCUGGUAUUAUAUUGGUUGCGACUGUCAAUUCCAUUGGGGCACUUUUCCAGUUAAUCUAUAUAAUCAUCUUUAUUACAUAUGCCGAGAAACAAAAGAAGGUGAAGAUGCUGGGAUUAUUGCUCGCAGUCUUAGCAAUAUUUGCAACGAUUGUAUUUGUGAGCGUGAGGUUGCUUGACUCUUCUAUGCGGCAGAUCUUUGUUGGAUACUUGAGUGUUGCUUCUCUCAUAUCCAUGUUUGCUUCCCCAUUGUUUAUAAUCAGAUUGGUGAUUCGAACAAGGAGUGUUGAGUUCAUGCCAUUUUAUCUUUCGCUGUCAACCUUCUUGAUGAGCAUCUCUUUCUUUGCCUAUGGAAUCCUUAAGUGUGAUCCUUUCAUUUAUGUGCCAAAUGGGAUUGGAUCUGUUUUGGGGGCAGUGCAAUUACUUUUGUACAGCUAUUAUAGCAAAACAUCCAGAGAAGACUUGAGAGAACCGCUGAUAACAUCUUUUGCAUAAAUGAGAUUUUCCAGACAGAGGUAAAGAUUCAUUUCAGAUGUGCUUUUUUGAGAAUUUGUAAUCCUUCUAUUUUUCUUCUGUGAGCAGGUGCUUGUAUUGUAUUUUUUUUCAUGGAGAAGUUCGAAAUCAGAUCCUGUUACUGCCAAGGAAAACAUGUACAAUAUAUUGAAUUUAAAUGGAAGGACGUUAUGCAAAUAAAUGUAUGUUUUGGCAAUUCCAGAA